ACUGUGUCGCACUGCGCUAGUAAAACAUUCAAGAUGGCGGUGCUAACGAAGAAGCCGAGACGUGUGGAGCGCAGCGGCGGGAACAACUCAUAUAACAGCAAGGUAGCGGUAUACCGAGAUCUAUAGGCCAUGAGCUAAACGUGCACACUAUAGAGGCUGUCUCCCAGCCAUGGCACAGCCAAGAGUAACGCUCUUUGUGAACAGGAGUCGCGAGAAGGGUUGUGUGUGCUUGCUUCCGUCUGAUUUCGAAGAGCUCCUCAAAAUCGCCAGUCACAAGCUGAGCAUUGACGCGAAGAAGCUCUACACGGAGCAAGGGGCACUUGUUGACGAGAUUGAAGUGAUCAGAGACAACGACGUGCUGUUUGUGUCAGCGGGAGAGCCGUUCUUUGAAUCAAAAACAAACCGAAAGGAACCGUCAAGAACUUGUCAUAAUGGAGCCUUCCGCCAGAGAGCGCAAGUAGACCACGACUUGGACGGCCCAUCCCAAACUGACUGGAUUUCAGUAAACGUUGGAGGGAAGUCGUUCACAACCACCAGAAGUACUCUGGUGACGAAAGAGCCAGAAAGUAUGCUUGCCAGAAUGUUUGACGACGAAUCCACAAGCCUGUGGUCACAUGCAAGGGAUGAAUCUGGAGCCUAUCUCAUUGACAGAAGCCCUCUCUACUUCGAACCCAUCUUGAACUUCCUCCGACACGGCCGACUGAUUCUCAACCAAGGAGUCAACCCUGAAGGAGUCUUGGAGGAGGCAAAAUUUUUCGGAAUCUUCACUCUCGUGGAACUACUUGAAGAUAUCAUCAAGAGCGGAGAACCCGUCGGAGACGGGACCCCGCUGACGAGACGAGAGUUUGUCCGUAUCCUGAUCGCGACGCCGUCUAACCGCGAACUCCGGAUGCAGGGCAUCAACUUUUCCGGGGCGGACCUCUCCAAACUAGACCUGAGAUACAUCAACUUCAAACAAGCCAACUUUCACAACGCAGACCUCUCCGGAGCCAACCUGGCCAGCUGUUCCCUCGAGCGGGCCGACCUCUCGAAGGCUGUCCUGGAAGGAGCGAAUCUCCAGGGCGUGAAGAUGGUCUGUGCGAACCUGGAGGGUGCCUCAAUGCGGGGGUGUAACUUCGAGGACCCGACAGGCCUGCGAGCAAACAUGGAGGGGUGCAACAUGAAGGGCGUUGACCUGGAGUGUAGCCAGAUGGGCGGGGUCAAUCUGCGAGUUGCGACUCUGAAGAACGCCAGUCUGCAGAAUUGCAACUUGAGGGGCGCGAUUUUGGCGGGGACGGACCUGGAGAACUGUAACCUCACGGGGUGCGACCUGCAAGACGCGAACCUGCGGGGGGCGAACGUGAAGGGAGCCACGUUCGAAGAGAUGCUGACACCGAUCCACAUGUCCCAGUCUGUGCGAUAACUGGUGCAAAAACUUCACCUGUAGGAUGUGUUUUAUUAACGUAUACAUAAAUCUUCAACAUAAAUUAUGUAUAGUGGGCCUACUCUCCGAGCAGAUCAUGUAUUUCAGAGUAUGAGUGUCAGGACUUUGUUCCAGAGACUAGCCUUGCACCAAGUAACAUUACUAGUAAGUACUAGUACACAACAAGGGUCACUGUUGCCCUAGUUUUCCAGUGAACUGCCUAUAUGAAAUAUAGUUUGAAGAUGCUAAACCCAAGUGCAAAGUACAGUGAAAGAAUAUAGCUUGAAGCUGUACUACUUUGUAUUACAGAACAUGAGCAAGGAAUCUGCAAUUUUAUUGCUGCAGUUCAAGCCAUGAUGAAUGCUGAGAAACCGUCUAGUAUAUGCCAGGCAUGGAGGAAUGAAAAAAAGGCCAAUUCAGUAGUACUAGUACAUGGCUUGUCUAGUUUUAUUUAACUAUUCUAUGACAUGAACUAGACUAAAUGUUGCCCCUGCAUUACAUUAUCCAUUGUUAUAUACCGGUAAUCUUGAAUUUUUAGAUGUUGCAGAAUGACAAAAAUAGUUGCAAAUACAGUAGAGCUGUGCACUGGCAGUACAGUCUACAGACACAUUUUUACUAUGUAUGUAGAAAUUUGUCAGUUAUUUUAUUAUUUUACUUUAAUAUUUCUUUCAAAGACAAGGAAAUUAAAUGUUUAUAGAUGUAGGUAUGCUUAGACAACAGUGUUGAAUAUGUUUGGUGUACAGUGUGUAUCGGGUAAUGUAGGACAAUAUCAAGGCUGUAAACAAAGUGAGAAAGGUUAUAGUUUAGAGGAAGUGUCCAUAAGCAUUGUAUGUAAAAGUGCAACUGCAAGUGAAGUUUCACAUUUGUAACCAUGCAAAAUUAUUUUCAGCGUGUAAUCCUUAUUUUAUACUGCAAAAUGGCCUUGUAUUUUGUGUCUUAUACAUGUACUUCAAGAGACCAUGUGUUUGUCUACUUAUUUGUAGAUGCAUGUACUGUACUACAGAAAGUAGAAUGAUGCUGAUAUCAGAAAAACAAACAAACAGUUCAUCAUUAUAUAUAU